GCCUUCGUGAUGGCGGCGGCGCGGCCUAGAGGGGCCCACACGGCAGCGGAGGAUGGCGCCGCCCUGGUUGCGGCGGCCGUCCGCGCAGCCGUGGAGGCCAGGGUGCCGCGGCGCACGGUUUCGGCGGUGGCGGAUGCGGUGGCAGCGGUCGUGCUGUGGUUGCGUGCGCGAGCCGCGCCGCCCACGCCGCUGCCCGCUGCUGGGGCCAGAGGUGCUGACGCGGGCCGCUGCGGCGGCGCGGGCGUCGGCGGGGCAUUGAAGCGGCAGGCUGCCAGAGGGGCAAAGGACGCGGGCCGCGGGCCCUCCGCCCAGCAGGCCGCGGGCGCGGCCGACGGCGGCGUCGGAGGCCUGCCGCUGGAGAGGGUCGCCGCUGGAGGCGCCCUCGGCAGCGACCGCGACGACUACGACUUCGACGAGGUGAUGGACAACUCGUUCGCCGACGCCCUGGUGGGCGGCGCGGUGGAGCCUGCUGCUGCUGCUGCCCCUCGGGCGCCUGCAGCUGGCGGAGCUGCGCCGCGCGGCGGCGGCGGCGAGGCCCGCCUUCGCCAGCGCGCGCUGGCGGCGGGCCUCGACGGGUCCGUCGAGAUGCUCGGCUUCUGCUCGCAGGCCCAGAUGAAGGACGCGCUGCGGAGGAAGGGCAUCGGUUUGCCCCGCAGGCGCGGGCCUGCCGCCCUGCGCCGCCUCCUCCUGCUGGACACGAUGCAGAAGGAGCUGCAG